AUGGCAAGUAAUCUGCCAAAGUCACCUGCAGAUGUGCAACAAAAAGAUAUCUUUCAUGCCAUCAGGAAUAACGAUUUGCCAAAAGUCCAAAGUCUACUCAAUUCCUGCAGUGUUCAUUCAUCAAAUAUUGUGGAUGAAACCAAUAAAAACAAUACACUCCUGCAUUGUGCUGUGGAAAAAGACAGGUAUGAAAUAGUUCAGGAACUAUUAUUGGAAAAGUGGAAAAUAAAUAUAAACGCGCAAAAUGAUGAUGGUGAUACUGCCCUGCACGUAGGCGCCAAGAAGAACUCCGAUCGACUGAUAUAUUUGCUCCUCAAAAAAGGAGCAAUCUGCGAUGGUAUCAACAAGGAAGGCAAAACAUUUCUGGAUGUUGUCAGGAUAUUGGCAACCCAAAUGGGUUUCUGCAAAAGCAAGGACAAAAUUGCGAAGAGCGUGGAUAUAUCUAACCAACCGCGACCAUCUCGAAUAGUUACAGGGCAAAGUGAGGAGCAAAAAAUAAAAAUUACUGAGAAAAAAGCUGCAAAUAUUACAGUCGAUAAAAAUAAACAAAUAGUAUCUUCACUUUUAUUGGAUAGAAAUACUAAAAUAAACAAUAUUACCAAUAAAAAUUGGUCCCUUCUGCACAUUGCGGCACAUAAUGGAGAAUUAACAAGGAUUAAACACUUGAUAAACCUUGGAGCCAAAAUAGAUGCCGAAUGUGAUGACAAGUUGACACCACUUCAUUUUGCUUCCACGAAUGGAUUUAAGGAUGUAGUUGAACUACUGAUCGACAGAGGAGCGAAUAUUGAAGCUAUCGACAAUAAACGACGGACGCCAUUAUAUGCUGCAUCUGAAAAUGGUCAUUUGGAGGUAGUGCAGUUUCUGAUUAGUAAAGGCACCAAUGUCAAUGCUGCUAAUAAACGAAAUUCGACUUCAUUGCACGCUGCAUCUCAAAAUGGUCACUUGGAGGUAGUGCAGUUUUUGGUUAAUAAAGGCGCAAAUGUCAAUACUGUUAAUAAUGAAAAUUGUACUGCAUUGUAUUUUGCAUCUCAAAAUGGUCACUUGGAGGUAGUGCAGUUUCUAAUUAGUAAAGGCGCCAAUGUCAAUGCUGCUAAUAACACAAAUUGGACUCCAUUGCACAUCGCAUCUCAAAAUGGUCACUUGGAGGUAGUGCAGUUUCUAAUUAGUAAAGGCGCCAAUGUCAAUGCUGCUAAUAACACAAAUUGGACUCCAUUGCACAUCGCAUCUCAAAAUGGUCACUUGGAGGUAGUGCAGUUUUUGGUUAAUAAAGGCGCAAAUGUCAAUGCUGUUGAAAAAGUAAAUUGGACUCCAUUGCACAUCGCAUCCCACAAAGGUCAUUUGGAGUUAGUGCAGUUUCUGAUUAGCAAAGGCUCCAAUGUCAAUGCUGUUAAUAAUGAAAAUUGUACUGCAUUGUAUGUUGCAUCUCAAAAUGGUCACUUGGAGGUAGUGCAAUUUCUGAUUAGUAAAGGCGCCAAUGUAAAUGCCGCUAAUAAUACAAAUUGGACUCCAUUGUACGUCGCAUCUAUGAAUGGUCAUUUGGAGGUAGUGCAGUUUCUAAUUAGUAAAGGCGCCAAUGUCAAUGCUGCUAAUAACACAAAUUGGACUCCAUUGCACAUCGCAUCUCAAAAUGGUCACUUGGAGGUAGUGCAGUUUCUAAUUAGUAAAGGCGCCAAUGUCAAUGCUGCUAAUAACACAAAUUGGACUCCAUUGCACAUCGCAUCUCAAAAUGGUCACUUGGAGGUAGUGCAGUUUUUGGUUAAUAAAGGCGCAAAUGUCAAUGCUGUUGAAAAAGUAAAUUGGACUCCAUUGCACAUCGCAUCCCACAAAGGUCAUUUGGAGUUAGUGCAGUUUCUGAUUAGCAAAGGCUCCAAUGUCAAUGCUGUUAAUAAUGAAAAUUGUACUGCAUUGUAUGUUGCAUCUCAAAAUGGUCACUUGGAGGUAGUGCAAUUUCUGAUUAGUAAAGGCGCCAAUGUAAAUGCCGCUAAUAAUACAAAUUGGACUCCAUUGUACGUCGCAUCUAUGAAUGGUCAUUUGGAGGUAGUGCAGUUUUUGGUUAAUAAAGGCGCAAAUGUCCAUGCAGUUAUUAAUGAAAAUUAUACUUCAUUGCAUAUCGCAUCUCAAAAUGGCCACUUGGAAGUAGUCCAGUUUCUUAUUAGUAAAGGCACCAAUGUCAAUGCUGCUUAUAACACAAAUUGGACUCCAUUGCACAUGGCAUCUCAAAAGGGUCACUUGGAGGUAGUGCAGUUUCUGAUUAGUAAAGGCGCCAAUGUCAAUGCCACUGGUAACACAAAUUGCACUCCAUUGCACAUCGCAUCCAUGUAUGGUCAUUUGGAGGUAGUGCAGUUUGUGAUUAGCAAAGGCGCCAAUGUUAAUGCCCCUGAUAACAAAAAUUGGACUCCACUGCAUGUCGCAUCUGGAAAAGGUCAUUUGGAGGUAGUGCAGUUUCUUAUUAAUAAAGGUUCCAAUGUCAAUGCCGCUAGUCACACAAAUUGGACUCCAUUGCACAUCGCAUCUCAAAAUGGUCACUUGGAGGUAGUGCAGUCUUUGAUUAGUCGAGGCGCUAUUGUAAAUAUUCGCAAUUUAAAUAAUUGGACCCCACUGCACUGGGCAACCUAUAAGGGUCACAAAAAUAUCGUCCAACUAUUAAUAAACAAAGGCGCAAAUCCUGAUGUAGCAAAUACCAAUAACAAGACGCCGAUGGACCUUGCUGUUGAAGGAGAAUAUAAAGAAAUUGUUGAACUACUGCAAACUAAAACAACCAAAUGA